AUGGCUGGAAUACUUCAUCCAAUACCACAGGCUGUUCAAGCGUUCCAGUUUAUGAUCUUCUGUCUCAUCACACAGUCUUUAUUAAUAGAAUCAGCAGAGACUGUUAACUGCUCCGAACCCACUACAGACUCACUUUUAAGUGCACUGAAGGAAAGCAUCUUUGACAGAACUGAAAUAAGGCCAGUUUUUAACUUGAGCACUCCAACCAACAUCAAUCUGAGUUUCAUUCUAUAUGGCAUUUUAGACGUGGAUGAAAAAGCUCAGAAGUUGAACACAUUCCUCUGGGUGGAUAUGUCAUGGUAUAUUGAAGGUUUAAGCUGGGAUCCUGUUGAAUGUGGAACAGACAGAAUCUCACUGCCAAGAGAGGAACUGUGGAUGCCUGAUGUUGUCAUUAAUCAAUUCAUUGAUGAGAACAGAGUCCCAGACACAUAUUACCUCUACGUGUAUAAUAACGGCAAGAUAUACGACAGUCUUCCAUUUCAUGUCAUCAGUUCCUGUAGCCUGGACAUCUACACGUUUCCAUUCGAUAUUCAGAACUGUACAUUCACCUUUAAUUCAUAUCAGCACACGGUGCUGGAUCUUCAGUUGUUCUUUGCUGAACCAGUGGAGUCAACAUUUCAGAAAUCCAUAUCUGCGAUGACUACCAAGGGAGAAUGGGAGCUAGUCGACAUGCGUGCUGAAAAACCUUCGGUACCUCCAGAGGAAGUGAACGGGGCAUUCGAUGCACUUAUUUACUACAUCGUCCUCAGGCGUCGAGCAAGUCUGUACAUCGUGAACCUCUUGAUUCCCAGCUGCUUCCUUAUAGCUGUGGAUCUAUUCAGUUUUCUUCUGCCGCCUCAGAACACGGAUCGAUCGGCUUUCAAAAUGACGCUCAUCUUGGGUUACACUGUAUUCCUGCUGUUAAUGAAUGACCUGCUGCCCGUCACCGGAAACACCUUACCUCUCAUAAAUGCCUUCUUCUCUCUCUGCUUGGCGCUGAUGGUGGCAAGUCUUCUAGAGACGAUUUUUAUCACUAAUAUUGUGUGUGGGUCCAGUCGUUACCCGGCGUUACCUCAGUGGGUCAAGGUGCUUUUCCUCGACUACAUCGCCAGACUUGUUUGUUUAAGCAAGAGUGACCAAAACGGUGAUCUGGAAGAGUACAGAAAUGAGACCAGUCGCUUUGUUCCUGUUAAAAUCCCAAAGACUGAAGCCGUCCACACGACUCCUCCCAGCAUUCAAAAACUGAAAAAGAUAAGCCAAGAGUUACUCUCCAUCCGUCAACAGGUCGAUGAACAUUUGAAUAGCAAUCAGACUGAAGAUGAGUGGGUGCAUUUGGGUCAAGUCAUUGACCGCUUGCUUUUCAUUAUGUAUGUUAUCUUUCUUGUGGUUAGUUUUAUCACUAUUAUAGUAUAUUGGAUGUACUGGUACAAUAUCAAUGUUGCUUUGAUAUAAACAAAUUUAUUAAAGCUGUAUAUGCACUGCUGAGUUCAGCUGUUAACUCAAUACAAGGGUUUACUUGCUAUUUGCAACCUGCACUUUGAAAUACUCUGUGAAUGUCUUAAAUAGUUCUGUGAAAAGAAAUCACUUUUAAUCAGACUGUGUUUAAUCUGGCAGACAUCUAUCUGCAAGACAUAUAUUUUUAAUUGUUUGCUCAUCUCCAAUUCGUCUCUGAGACGUCUGCUGUCAGAUGUCAUAUAGACAUCUAGAAGAUGUCUGUAAGAUGUUUAUGAUUUAGAAUGUAUGUAAAACUGCUCUUUCUUAGACGUUUAUCACACGUUUUUACACAGCAGAUGUUUUUCAGACCUGCAGAUCUUUAGCAGACAUCUUACAAACGUACCUUUGCUACCUGGGCUAUAACUAUGAUUCAGACCACAUUAUUUAUUCACAAGACAUCCAUAAACAUUUUUCUGCAUUGUAUUAUCACUUUAAUUCAAUGUUAAACCGCUGUAAUAGUGAAGAUUGUCAAAAAAUGUAUGCGUCAUACUUUUGUUUCUAAAUCAUAGUCAAUAUUUUGUCAAAUGUGUCCAUUAUACGGCUUAAACAUAAACUUUAACUAUGUCUACUGAUCAUUG